AUGAUAAAUGUUGAUGGGCCCUCAGCGGAUCAGAACCAAUCUGAAUUUCUUCUAUGUGAUCUCAGUGACAAGAAAGAAGUUGCGGCAAACAGAUAUUGCCACCCAGACCGCAACAUUUCUGUGCCUCGUACCGGAGGCUCGGUUGAGCCCGAGUCGCAAGUCGCUCAACAGAACUACUCAUCUAAAAAGGUUGACAGAGCGACGGGCGACAUGGAUUUGAACCAAGUUCACUCGGACGAUUUGUGCUCUGGGGCAUCCAAUUACAGCAAUAACAGUGCGACACUUCAUAGUGGAGAUGCUUUCCUUAUUCCACGAACUGGCAUCGAAGUGACCAAACAACAUCAUAACCAUAUCAUGCAUGGUUCACAUACAAGUAACAUCUCCGGUGCUAAUCUAAUAAGCGCGUCGGUUAUACCGACACUUCAGAAACCAAUCGACAAUGUAUCCUUCUUUACCCAAUCAGCCACAAACCCUUAUAAGAACCAUAUCGCACGUCGAGAUGAUGAUGCAGACGACGAAUCAUUAUUUGUCCCAUCUCAACGAAGUACUCCAAAGCCUCCCCAAAGUGACUAUCAUAAGUUGAAAUACGAAAAGGUACCUGAUACGGCCACGGACAAGCAGGUCCCGCAUCUAGCGACUUCAGUAAAAAGCGGCGCUGCAUCCAGAAUACCACCUGGUAAUGAUGACCAGUUACAUAACGUAUGCACUGAAUUCUACAAUGACCGCAGUGAUGAAUCUCAAUUGAGACAUCCGACUUCUGGCCAUGCCGUCCCGUCCAGCACAGGACGCACCCAGAGAGAGCCGCAACUAUUAGACCAGCCGAUGGAGGAUGCCGCUUCGUCGACUAUAUCCUGCGAAUCGCUAAGAGAAGCUUUGAAGGACCUGAAACAUCAAAAGGCUAUACUGGAGGAUGACGCAAUCAUGCAUCCUAAUGAUGCUGACAUAAAACAGAAUAUACUGGAUAUCGACGUGUUAAUUGAGGAAAUCACCGUUCAGGUCCGUGAGGCAAUGCUAUCUCAACGCUCACAGAGUGCGGAUCAAACGCAUAAAUACUCACAAGCUGAGAAGAGAAAGAGAUCAGACGACAUGAAAAUGGGAUCCAAAAAACAGAAGGUCGAUAUACAGGGGCAGAAGGCUCCAGACGAUGACAUGAAGAUGAAGUCAAGGGUUCAGAUCAAAGACCACCACGACUUUUGGCAAGAGUACUCCAAGAAGCAAAAGAGCGACAUCAAUAAGAUCUAUAGGAUCCUAGCACGUGAACCCAAAAAUUAUCCUAGAAUCUCGCAGCAAAAAGAGACAUUGGAGGAAGUUGACAGCCAGACAGUGUUUGGAACGCAGCAGAAACCGGAACCUAAUGCUGCCCUCUCCAGGUUGAUGAGCUACAGUGAUCCUAUGCAGGCGCGCAUAAUUCAAAGUGACCAUCCUGAUAUGAGGGACAUCAAGGCUACCAACAAGAAAGAACAAUUAAAGCAGCAACGAAAGAACGUACCGGAAGGUUGUGACAUGAACAAAUUCUGGGACGACCGGCGUCUUCUAGAGAAUGCUAUAGACACUUUCGGUUACAAGAAAUGCAAGCCAUCCAACGGUAUGUGGCGUCUCGAAGGAAUUAUCACACCUCUGCAUGACUACCAGAUCCUCGGUGAUUCUUGGAUGAUCAUUAAAGAGCUCAGCAGAGACAGAGGUGGAAUCCUCGCGGAUCAGAUGGGGUUAGGCAAGACAAUCCAGUGCCUUGCCACUGCCAUGGUCAACAGACCAAUAACAAAACAAUCUCAAGACAGACCGAAGGCAACUCUUAUUGUUGUCCCAGCCACCAUACGCCAGCAAUGGAUGCAAGCUAUCGAGGAUCAUGUAGAUUCGAACGUCAUGAAAGGCUGCCUACCCUACAAAUCUGGCAUAGGCAUGAAUGUAGAUGCACUAGAAUGCAUGGCCUUUGUCAUAGCCACAUAUGAUGACAUAAGGGCGUCGUAUUACCCGUCAAAUAUCCUCAAGAAGAUUGAGCUUGGGGAUUAUACUGAUGAGGAAAAAGACACGCUAAAGAAGACGCAUCUCGGGCCUUUACAUAGGAUGCGAUUCCAUCGAGUCAUCUUGGACGAGGCACACAAUAUCAAGGGCGACAAGACUCAAGGUGCAUCUGCCUGCGGUGCUUUGAUGUCAACUUAUAGAUGGUGUGUUACAGGAACCCCCCUCAUUAACGACCCUAUUGAUGUCGUCAAUGAUUUUGUAGACCGCACCAACGAGCUGCUUCAAAAACAUGAGGAAAACGGAACGACGCCUCCGAAGGAACUCAACCAUGCGCACCUAACGUUAUGCUUGCGACUUCGACAGGCAGCUACGCACUUAUUCCUCUUGGAGCCUGUCAUAAAGAGGAUCAUGAGACGAGAAGAUAUCGAACGCAUACAGGCCGAACUCCAGGCAAUCAACGAGAAAACUCUGCUCUGUAAACAGAUCGAAAGUUCCAUUCCGACAGCCAUGGACGAGGCUACAUUUGGAGCCAGUAAAUACGACCAUGCGUUUGACGUGUCAUCUGGGAUGGAAUUGGCUUUACUAUGGCACAGUGAAGGAGUCUGUAAAGGCUGCCUCACUGAACUUAAAAAUGCCCAAAUAUACUCUUGCGGUCAUAAGCUAUGCGGCUCGUGUGUCGGCAUCAUGAUAGUCAAAGCCAGUCAGUUGCGGUGCGCAAAGCCGCGGUGCAUUGAAUGCAAUCAAGAAUUGGAAGGGGGAAGACCUGAUGUUACAAAGAUCGACGAGGACGAAGACGGCCUGAGUGUUGAUGAUGAAAGUGACUAUGGUUCCUCGAACGGAAACGAGUACACUUCUGCUCAUGCUGAAGAGGAUGCAGAUUAUCGAAGAUUCAAGGAGGUUCAGGCGACGGUCAACUCAUCUCGAACAAAAUCGCCUAAAGGGAAGGACGGCAAACCUCUCAACUUCCAACCUCGUGGCGAAGCUUUCAUGACAUCUUUGCUCACCGAAUGCGACAAAAGAUAUUCCGCAAACAACCCAGUCAUCCCCAGUUCCAAAAUUGGCAAAGCCAUAGAAGUGGUGAAAUGCUGGCAAAGAGAAAGUCCCUCUGACAAAAUCAUCAUCUUUCAACAGUUCUUGGGAGGAAUUGGUGGCUUGAGCGCCGCCAAACGCGACAAGGCCAUCGAAGCGUUCAAGAACAGCUCCAAAAUCAAAGUCAUGGUGGCAUCACUCAAAUGUGGUGGCGUUGGUUUGAAUCUGACCUGUGCCAACCGCGUCAUUCUCGUUGAGCCGUGGUUCAACCACCACAUGGAGCUCCAGGCAUUCGCAAGAGUCUUUCGUUUGGGACAGAUGAAGCCAUGCUACUUCGUCAAUCUCAUUGCCACUGGCACUUUGGACGAGAAAAUCUUCGAGAAGCAGAACAAGAAGCUCAAAGACAUCGAGGAAUGCUUCGGUGCAGCGUUUAGAGGUAAAGGAAAACUUAGACUGGGCGACGUCAUGGGUCUCCUCGGCACAACAUCGAACGAUGUGGAUAACAACGCUGCCCAAAACGCGUAG